GACGCAAAAAACGGAGGAGGGGGGGGGUUCGAUUUCCGGAAAAAUGAGUGCGAGGCAGCGAGUGAGGGCGAGUGAGGGCUCCGACUCGGGCGAGUUGGGGAUUCACAACGAGCGCGUGCUUUAUCUCGUCUUCGAGUCCAUGAAAUGGGACAUCCACGCGCUCUGCUCCACCGCCUCUGUCAACCGGAAGCUGCGCGCCGUCGUCAACCGCCUGCUCUGGCGGGAGGUCUGCCUCUACCGCGCGCCGCGGAUGACAGCGACCUUGACGAACGGCGCCCUCAACGGGCGGAUCGGCGGCGGGUGGCACACGCUCGCCAAGCUCAUGUUCUUCUGCUGCGGCUGCAAGCCGACUCGGCAUUUCAAGCUGAGUCAACCCACCCCGGGUCACCGGGUCAAGGCGUCGCGGUUCUCGAAGACCUCCGGCCAGAGCUUCCUGUCGAAGAACUGCCGGGGGGACCUGCUCUACGUCAGCGACAUGUGCGAGCACCAGACCGGGGAUAAGGAGGAGGAUCACCUCGGGAUCUACCGAGGGGUGUUUCGGGGAUUUCACAGGUCGAGGACGAUGGCCUGCUUGAUCGAGCGGCGGGUGAAGCUGGAGGAGAGCGUCAUGUGCCCUUACUGUGGGGCCCGCGUGUGGAGCAUGACCGCGGCUCGGCUCGUCCCCAAGAGCGCGGCGCGGCGGCUCGGCUCGCACGACGGGGCGUUGGAGUAUUUCGUGUGCGUGAACGGGCACUUGUACGGCAGUUGCUGGCUGGUGCCGUUGUCGUCGGAUGAGGAUGAGGAUGAGGAGGAGGAGGAGGUGGAAUAUUAUUCGGACGGUCGCCGUAGAAUUACCUACGACGACCGGACGGCGACGAAUGGAAGCCUCGGCUCGAUGGGAGAGGAAGUUGUGGAGGACUAGUGGAUGUGCGAUUGCUUUGUUUGGACUUGUGGAGUUGGAUCGUUAGCCGUCGUUUUUUUUUUUUUGGUGAUCCACAUCAUUGAUGACGUGGUAAUAGAUUAGCAUAACUUAGGCAGACGUGUAAACUGUUUGAUUUUUAUUUUUGUGGGAUUUAUAAAUGCAUAAUGCAAGUUGGACUGGUUUUCAUU